GUGGGCGGGUUUAUUUCUAGCCGAACAGCUGGGUAUAGCUUCACCUUCACUGGACUCUUUCUAUUGUUUUAAAAACAAUUAAAAAAACAAUGAUCGACUGGGUGACUUUAUAGAGAUCUGAAGCUGUGAUAUCAGCUUGAGUGCUGAGAGAAGAGCUGAAAUGGACUCAUUUCCACCAGGAUCACCACCUUCUUCUCCUACUGAUUCCAUCACUCUAGCAUCUCUUGUGUCUGGACACACUUCUCGCACAGCUUCCGCCUUUUCAACACCAGGCCCUCCCUCUCGGGCGUCUCCAGCCGCACAGACAGGUCGCUCUCAGCUGAAUGCAGCUAGCAAUGUGUCCGAAGGCAGGCCCACCUGUGGAACUUCGUCUUCUGCAGAAGAACUGCAUAUAGAGGAACUUAAGCAGAGGGCUAAGAAUGGAGAUUUCAAAGCACAAACUGAGGUUGGCAGGUAUUACCUGCGACUGUCUGAGCAUGAAGAUGAAGAAGUGAAUAGUGUCACAGCAGUAGCAUGGCUUUUACAAGCAGCAAAAAAUGGAAGGAGGGAUGCCGUGAAACUCUUGCAGUUUUGCUUGCAUGAAAGAAAAGGCAUCACAGCUGAAAAUAGAGAGGAGGUGUGCGCCUUGGUAUCAGAGUCACGUUUUGAACGUUCUGUGAGGAAAGCAGCAUUGUGCAUGUACUGGAAACUCAAUCCAGACAAAAAAAGAAAAGUAUCUACAUCAGAACUGCUAGAAAAUAUUAGCCACUAUGACAUUGAAACAGAUGGUGCCCCAGACAACAUACCUUCAAGUCCAGCUCAGAAACAGAGGAAGGUCUUAGAACGCCUUGUCUCCAGCAGUGGGACUCCGUAUGUUGGCAUUGACGAUUUUGUUGAAAAUGCCAAGCGUUAUGCACACGGUAUUUCACCAUCACCGAAUUUUGAUGCAGCAGUAGACAAUGAUGAUGAUGAUGAUGAUGAUGAACCUGUGAAAAACCCAGAUGAGUUACCUUUGCACCAGAAGAUACUGAAGUUUCCCCUCCAUGCUGUGACUGAGGUAAAGGAGGUGUUGAUUGACUGGGCUUCCCGUGCUGGAAUGCAGUGGAUCAGUGCCCUCAUACCGACUCACCACGUCAACACUCUUAUUUUCUUCUUCAUCAUCUCCAACCUUACUCUAGAUUUCUUCCUUCUUGUCAUUCCCCUUGUCAUAUUCUACCUCUCCUUCCUCUCAAUGGUCAUCUGUACAUUGAGGGUUUUCCAGAACAGUAAAGCAUGGGAGAACUUUAAGACCCUGACAGCCAUGCUGGCUCAUUUCGAGCCAGGAUUGGACCUUGAGCAAGCUGAGUCCAACUUCACCUGGACUCAUCUGGAGCCUCACCUCUACUUUCUGGUCUCUGCAAUUUUCCUCAUACUAUCAUUCCCUGUGGCAGAUAAGUCCUGGCUGCCUUGUUCUGAACUGGCCACAGUGGCUGUCUUCUUCACUAUAAGCAGCUAUCUGAGUCUACGUCCAGCUGCGCAGCAACAUGCUAAGCUAGCCCUCCUUGCACAGUUUGCCUCUGCAUUUUGCUCUUUAACUAAUGAGCUGCUUGGUGGUCGGGUGGGACAACUUGUGGGAGGGUCAUGGUUUAGUGUGCCAAUCUGUGAUUGGUUGGUGUUGCAUUUGGGUGUGCCUUGCAUUCUGUACCUUUUCCUCCUGUACUUGUGUGUCCGAAUGGGCACAGCACGAGGGUGGCAAGGGUCUUACAGCAUGCUUCUGCCCUACCUUCUCUGUUUCACUUGGUUUGAGCUAUCUGUCACACUUCUGCAUGCAUCUACUGCACUUGGACUCAUGCGAACAUCUGUGGGCUACUUGCUUUUCUUCUUUGCCCUGCCUGUACUUUCAUUAGUGCUUGCAGCUGCAUUGCUGGUGCAGCUAGUUCAGUGGUUCCUCGCUCUGGAGUUGGCCAAGAUGGCUGUGACGGUGUGUGUUUGUGUGGUGCCUGUUUUGUUAAGGUGGUGGACUCGUUUCAGCGUGUCGCCUCUUGCUGUGAUUCGAUCUCUGCGGCGCAGUAGCAUGGUUAAACUGAUCUUGGUUUGGAUCUCCGCUUUGCUGCUCUUCAGCUGGUUCUAUGUAUACCGUUCUGAGGGCAUGAAGGUUUAUAACUCCACUCUUACCUGGCAGCAAUACAGUGAGAUGUGUGGCCCUCGUGCCUGGAGGGAACGCAACAUGGCACACACCCAGAUCCUCUGUAGUCAUCUUGAGGGCCACCGUGUCACCUGGGAAGGUCGUUUUAAAUACGUCCGUGUGACAGAAAUUGAAAACGGAGCGCAAUCAAUUGUCAACCUCUUGCCUGGUGUCAUAGCAGACUGGGUCCGAUGCCUUUAUGGAGAGGAGUACCCAGCCUGUGAUGGCACCCACCCAAGGCCAGAUCCAGCUCUUUGCCAGCUUAAAGCAUUUGCAAAUCACAACUGUCAUGUGAAACGUUUUGACCGCUACAAAUUUGAAGUGACUAUGGGUAUGCCACUUCAGGAUAAGAAGGGUAAAUGGGUGCAAGAAUCUGAAGAUGCAACCAAAGACAUAGUGCUGCGGGCAAGUAAUGAAUUCCGUGGUGUGCUGUUGGCGCUCAGUGCAGGCAGUGUUGUUGAAUUCAGUACUGUUCUGGAGGGCAGGCUGGGAAGCAAGUGGCCAGUGUUUGAGCUGAAAGCCCUUCACUGUAGGACUUGUACCUCACCUUUGGUACCUACAAGACGGCAAGUCAAGAUAGAACAGGACUGGAGGGUUAAUGCCCGUAAUGCAUUUGCCUUCGCAUUUAACUUCCUUUUCCACCCCCUGCUCACUGCCCAAGUAGAAGAUGCUGUGCCUACAGAUGCUGCAGAGUGAUAUUGGACUAUUCACUAUGGAAAUGAUAAUUAAGUAUAGCAUAAAGGGAGUUACUCAGCACCUGUCACUUUUUCUCAACAUGUAAAGCAAUAUGAGUUGUUAAGAAAUAUUUAUUGUUGACCAGUUGUUUUUGAGUGCUGAUAUACAAAACUAUGUUUAUAGUUUGAGAACUAACAUUCUCUGUCAGAGCGUAAUGUAAAAUAAUGCAGAGAUUCUCAUUCAGGAUGGUGGCCAAAUGAGAAUGAUGCUUGGAUGACAUUAUGGGUUGUGAGUAAUCCCUUUCUAAAUGAAAAUGAUUAGGUGUUUCUUACAAAGAAACAUAGUAUACUGUCAAGACUCCUUAUGUCAAUAAAUGUUGUAGACCAAUGAUAUCCAAUCUUCUCCACAAAG